CAUUCUCUUUUAAAGUUUAAACCCUACAUAAAACCCUUUUUCUCACCGCUCCAUAACUUCUCCUUCACUUUCCCACCUCCCAAACGCACGUCACCAUCCAAUGAAUUACCGAUUCCAAAACCUCUUAGGCGCCCCUUACCGUGGCGGAAACGCCGUGGUAACAAAAAACACCAACCUAAUCUCCCCCGUAGGUAACCGCGUCUCCGUCACCGACCUCGUCAAAUCCCAAACCAUUACCCUACCUAUCCAAUCCUCCAGCAAUAUCCGCCGCAUCGCUGCUUCACCUGACGGCGUUUUUCUCCUCACCGUUGACGACAACAACCGUUGCCUCUUCAUCAACCUCCCUCGUCGAGUGGUGUUGCAUCGCAUAACGUUCAAACAUCCAGUAAACGCCGUCAAGUUUAGCCCCAAUGGGAAAUACAUAGCUGUUGCAGCCGGUAAGUUGUUGCAAAUAUGGAAAUCUCCUGGGUUUAAGAGGGAAGUUUUUGCGUUUGAGUUGGUUAGAACAUUCGCUGAUUGCAAUGAUAAGAUAUUGUCAAUGGAUUGGGAUAAUGAUACGAAAUAUUUGAUUGUUGGGUCUAAAGAUUUGACUGGGAGGUUGUUUUUUGUGGAUAAAAAAAAGGGCAAUUAUAAAAAACCAUUUUUGUUUCUUGGUCAUAGGGAUUCUGUUGUUGGUUGCUUCUUUGGUGUUGAUAAGAAGAAGAAUAGAGUUGAUAAAGCAUAUACUAUUGCUCGUGAUGGUUUUAUUUUUAGUUGGGGUUAUAGUGGAAAUGAUGUUAAUCGUGAUGCCAGAGAUGACGAUCUGAUGGAUGUGGAGCCACCCUCUCCAGGAACGCCGGAGAGGGAAGGUGAAGAUGGGGAAAGAAUUGGUAAGAAAAGGAAGGAUUCUGAUGGGAAAGAAAGUGGAUUUAGUGAAGGUGAGGGGUAUUUGAGUGGAGGCAAAUGGGAAUUGUUGAGGAAAGAUUGUUUUAUGCAAGCUCCUGCGAAAGUGACCGCAUGUGAUUAUCAUAAGGGACUUGAUCUUGUUGUGGUGGGAUUCUCGAAUGGGGUUUUCGGAUUAUAUCAGAUGCCGGACUUUGUUUGCAUACAUUUGUUAUCGAUAUCAAGAGAGAAGCUCACAACAGCUGUGUUCAAUGACCUUGGAAAUUGGUUGACUUUCGGCUGUGCAAAGUUGGGGCAGUUGUUGGUUUGGGAGUGGCGGUCAGAGAGUUAUAUAUUGAAGCAACAGGGACACUACUUUGAUGUGAAUACUCUGGCAUAUUCGCCGGAUUCACAGCUCUUGGCUACUGGAGCCGAUGAUAAUAAAGUGAAGGUAUGGACCGUAUCGUCAGGCUUUUGCUUCGUAACAUUCAGUGAGCAUACUAAUGCGGUUACUGCACUCCAUUUUACGGCCAAUAACCAUUGCCUCUUAAGUGCAUCUCUGGAUGGGACUGUUCGUGCAUGGGACCUGUUGCGUUAUCGAAACUUUAGAACAUUUACUGCCCCCUCUCAUAAGCAGUUUGUUUCUUUGGCAGCUGAUCAAAGUGGUGAAGUGAUUUGUGCCGGAACUCUAGAUUCUUUCGAGAUUUUUGUUUGGUCAAUGAGGAGAAACCUUCUAUUGGAGGUUCUUAGUGGUCAUGAAGGUCCGGUUCAUGGGCUGAUGUUUUCUCCUACAGAUGCAAUAUUAGCUUCAUCAUCAUGGGACAAAACUGUCCGGCUAUGGAAUGUAUUUAAAGAAAAAGGUGCUGUUGAAACAUUCCGACACACACAUGAUGUUCUGACCCUUACUUACCGACCGGAUGGGAAGCAACUAGCAUGCAGCACAUUAGAUGGACAGAUUCACUUUUGGGACCCUAUUGAUGGCGAGUCAAUGCGCUCCAUUGAAGGCCGUAGGGAUAUAGCUGGAGGACGACUCAUGAGUGAUAGACGAUCUGCAGCUAACUCAAGUUCGGGAAAGUGCUUCACAAGCUUAUGUUACUCUGCUGAUGGGAGUUACAUCUUAGCUGGAGGAAAUAGCAGAUAUAUCUGUAUGUAUGAUGUUGCUGAUCAGGUUCUACUACGACGAUUUCAAAUAACUCAUAACCUCUCUUUGGAUGGAGUUCUUGACUUCUUAAACUCGAAGCAUAUGACAGAAGCUGGUCCGUUGAAUUUAAUCGAUGAUGAUAACAGUGACACAGAAGAAGGUAUUGACAAACAAACCCGGGGAAAUGUGGGAUAUAAUCUACCAGGAUCCAUGCCUAAUAAUGGAAGGCCUGUCAUCCGAACGAAAUCCCUUAAAAUUGCACCAACAGGACGAAGCUUCUCAGCAGCAACGACAGAGGGUGUUCUUGUUUAUUCAAUCGAUGACUCAUUUAUCUUCGAUCCCACAGAUCUCGACAUCGAUGUUACACCGGAGGCCAUAGAUGCAGCACUUAAUGAAGAACAGCCAAGCCGAGCUUUAAUUCUUAGCUUGCGUUUAAAUGAAGAUUCGCUAAUUACAAAGUGUAUUUUCUCUGUCAAUCCCACUGAUGUUCCAGCCGUUGCUUCAUCAAUCCCUUAUCGGUACUUGCAAAGAUUAAUAGAGGCUUUAACCAACCUUCUUGAAAGGUGCCCACACUUAGAGUUCGUGCUUCAAUGGUGUCAGGAACUCUGCAAACUUCAUGGCAACUCUAUUCAGCAGAAUUCCCGAAAUCUUCAACCCGUUUUAAAAUCAUUGCAGAAGGCAAUCACCAGAAUUCACCAGGAUUUAGCAGAUACAUGUGCUCUGAAUGAAUAUAUGCUUCGAUAUUUAUGCUCUGUUAGUGUCAAGAAAUGAAUCUCGAGCGUAUUUAAUCAGUCGAAAUUUUGUCAAAUAUCUUUAGAAGAAAGGUAUUUACGGCUCAUUACGUUCUAACCCGGAGCCUGAUACCAUUAAUUACAUGAAGCACAUACAUGCUGCUGUUGUUAUUGGCAUCAUCAUGAGCAUAAGUCGGAGAAUAUUUCAGGCAUUUGACGUCAAUGCGGGUAUGUUGUAGAGUCACGGAUGACAUUCCGAUAGGAGAUGCUGAUUCAUUGUUGUUUUUUAUAUAUGCCUUAGAAAUGUGGAAGUAUAUUCACUUGUUUUUUCAAA